AACCCUAACCCUAACCCUAACCCUAACCCUAACCCUAACCCUAACCCUAACCCUAACCCUAACCCUAACCCUAACCCUAACCCUAACCCUAACCCUAACCCUAACCCUAACCCUAACCCUAACCCUAACCCUAACCCUAACCCUAACCCUAACCCUAACCCUAACCCUAACCCUAACCCUAACCCUAACCCUAACCCUAACCCUAACCCUAACCCUAACCCUAACCCUAACCCUAACCCUAACCCUAACCCUAACCCUAACCCUAACCCUAACCCUAACCCUAACCCUAACCCUAACCCUAACCCUAACCCUAACCCUAACCCUAACCCUAACCCUAACCCUAACCCUAACCCUAACCCUAACCCUAACCCUAACCCUAACCCUAACCCUAACCCUAACCCUAACCCUAACCCUAACCCUAACCCUAACCCUAACCCUAACCCUAACCCUAACCCUAACCCUAACCCUAAACCUCAUCUAAACCCUAGCCCUAAUCUAACCCUGAACCUACCCUUAAGCUAA